GCUUUCCACUGAUAAGCUUGUUGAUUAGAGAAAGUUGUGUCGUCGAUCAAAGCAGUCAAAGUUGUAAAUUAAAACUUACGUGUCAAGCGAAAAUGGUGCUAGCUUUAAUUAGCUCUUUGGAGCAGCUUGUCGACCAAUAUCAGCUUAAUCUGCUGCAAUUGAUAUUCAUCAUAUUUAUCGUGACUAUCGUGCUCCUGGGCAGUUUAAUGACUUUAGUGGAAUCGCAUCUACCGAAUAGCAUUAGACAAUCAUUCCGCUAUGGCAAACACAGUCAUAAGGGGGCCACUGAUGCGCUGGUCAAUCAUCUGGAAGUGCCCAAGGCGUGGUUCAGUCACUUCUAUGUAUUCGCAUUAGGUUGGUCCAUACUCGCACUUUAUUUCAUCAUUCGCAGUGUCAUUACUCAAGAGGUUGCACCAGAAUUUGUGCUCCGCUUUCUGGACUUGAUGUGCGGGGGACGACAGCAUCGCCAAGUCCAAGUCGACAGCUCAACGGCACUGCUGGCAUCUCUUCUGCUCGGUUUGCAGUGCGUUCGUCGUUUCUAUGAGACGAACUUUGUACAAAUCUUCUCCAGGCGCAGCAAGAUAAAUCUUUCCCAUUAUGCGGUUGGCUAUAUGCACUACUUUGGCGCUGUGACUUCACUAUUGUCUAACACGGCUGGAUUUGUUCGUGGCUCAAAGCCAGAGCCUUUCACGCUAUCUCAUCUAUCGCUGCUGCAGUUAAGCUACAUUCUCAUCUUUCUGUUCGCCUGGCAUCAGCAGUAUAGCAGCAACAUGGUGCUGGUGAAUCUUCGCAAGAAUGUCAAGACAGGCGCCGUCCAGACCGAGGAACAUUUGCUACCAUCGCAAGGUUGGUUCAAUUUGAUCUCAUCGCCGCACAUGUUCUUCGAAGUAGUUAUGUACUAUUGCUUGUCGGAUCUAAUGACGCCCAUCCGCACAUGGAAGCUCAUCUUUGUGUGGGUGGCCAGCAAUCAGACAAUCAACGCGCUGCUCACACAUCAGUGGUACAAGGAGAACUUUAAGGAUUAUCCCAAGCGACGACAUGCCAUCAUUCCCUGGCUGCUGUAGAAGAUUAG